AGCUUCACUAUUGAUGAAAAGGACUUCAGAAGCCAAGGAAUGGACAACUGUACAGAGUACGAAGGAGAGGCAAUGAUACACCUAGCAGAAGGAAACUUUUCCAACUGGAAAUAGAGACUGAGAAGAUUAAUUCUAAAAUGUCACUGGUGCUCCCAGAGAUCAAGGAAGCACUCCAAUAAACUUCUACAGGUAGUGGGAGCAUUGUUUUAGCUCAUGUUAAUGUAAGAAAAGUGGACCAUUGAUGAUAUAUAGGAAUUAAUUGGAUUUCCCUUGAUUUCUCUGAAUAGGAAUGUUUAUGACAUCAUCAGAUGAGCUGUUUUAUUAAGUGAACACAUUAUCACUAGUGUGAAGGAGAUGAAGUCAGCUGUUCUGAGGUUGUUACUGGGCCUAGGAAUUCUCUGUUUAGGCCUAAAUGCAACCAAUAAUCCACCAACCCUGCUGAAUUUCAACAGAUACAUCUUUGUCAAGGAAAAUUUUCCAAUAAAUGGUAGCCUUGGAAUUCUGUCCGCCAGGGAUCAAGACGGACCUGACCAAAUCACAUUUACAAUUAAAGAUGAUGUUACAAGAGGUCUGGUGCGCUUGAGUGAGCAUUUCGGAGACAGCACAGUGAAUAGAUCGGUGGAGAUUAUUUUAAUCAAACAACUUGAUAGGGACCAUGAACCAGCAGACAGAAAGCUGUACUUCAAUCUGGCGGAUGGACAGGGCUCCAGUGCUAACAAUUUGGCAGUUCAAGUGACACUCUAUAUUAGUGAUGUCAAUGAUGAAGUACCAGAGUUUGUCAACCUACGUUAUAAAGAGUCUGUAUAUGAGAAUGCUACAGUUGGAACGACAGUUAUAAGGGUUUCUGCCCAGGACCCAGACAAUGGUUUAGGUGGCACCGUGUCUUACUCAAUGGAGCCUGUAGCCCAGGCUGCCGAUGAACUGUAUAAAAAUGCCUUCCGUAUUGACGGAGACACGGGAGAUAUCAUCAUUAACUCUUCCCUGGACUUUGAAAAGCACAACUUUUAUGAAUUUGUUAUAAAGGCAAAAGAUGGAUUAGGCAGUGAGAGUACAAACAACGCUGACUUUGUAUUAACCGUCCUUGAUGUACAGGACACGCCCCCUUCCUUCUUCAAUCUACCUUACAGUGUUGUCGUGCCAGAGGACAAAGCUGUGGGUUCACAAGUCCUUCAAGUUACAGCAUUGGAUGGAGAUAGAGGGGUUCCAAAUGGUAUCAGAUACACAUUUGUUUCAGGUGACUAUGAGAAUUUCAAUAUUGAUUCCAACACAGGAUGGAUCACCAUAAAAACAGAACUAGACAGGGAUGCUGCCUCUGUACAAAACAGUGGUGGGGUGUAUGCAAUGUAUGUCAAGGCUGAAGAGGUGAUGUCUGGCGUGAAUUAUGGGAACACUACUGCCACUACCCUGGUGACGAUAUCUGUGUCAGAUGUCAACGACAACACUCCAACCUUCAACCACGUCAACUACACAGCUACCAUUCAGGAGAACAUGCAGAACGGUGUCCCAGUCAUUUUUACCGCUAAUACCAUCAUGUCUGUCAAUGACAUUGAUCAGGGACUUAACAGUUACUUUGAAAUCACUUUGGAGAAGGAUGGCCAACCCUAUUAUGACUUUUCUCCUUUACCAAAAGAAGUUUUUUCAGAGUCUUCCAUUCUGAUAAGGGUUAAUAAUUCUGUGGGUCUUGAUUAUGAAAAGAAGAGAACAGCCACUUUUGAUGUAAUAGCAAGAGAACUGAGGACCAACCCAAAGAGGAGCAGUUCAGUCAGGAUGACAGUCCACAUUCUUGAUGUCAAUGAUAAUCAACCACAGUUUGAAAACUCCUCUUACUCAGCAGAGAUCCCCGAAAACUCUCCAUCGGGGACAACUUUUAAAACAUUAAAGGCAACAGACCAGGACUCUGGAGUCUUUGGAGAAAUCACAUAUUCAGUCCGAGGGGGAAAUGGAAGAUUUGGAAUCAACAAUAAAACUGGAGAGGUGUAUAAUACAGAAGUCCUGGACAGAGAGAAGAUUGGUGAAUAUUACAUCACGGUGGAGGCCAAGGAUGGGGGUGGAUUCCGAACCACUGUAGAAUUAUAUGUGAAAGUCACUGACACCAAUGACAACAGACCACUGUUCACCAGGGAUGCUUACUUUGCGUCAUUGAAGGAAGGGGCAAUGUCAUUCAUCAGAGAACUUAAAUUGGAGGCUACAGAUCUGGAUGAGGGCAUCAACAGCCACGUCCUAUACUCUGUAUACAACAUAGAGCCCCCUGUCCUUAACAUCUUUACCAUACACAACACCACGGGUGUGGUCAGACUGACCCGGGCCCUGGACUAUGAGCUGGUCAAUCUGGAUCAGGUUCUGCUAGAGGUCCAGGCCUGUGACCAGGGGUCACCUCGGCUGUGUUCCAACAUCAAUGUCACCAUUGAUCUAGAGGAUGAAAAUGACAAUGCACCUGUAUUUACUCAAUCGAUGUAUCAAGUUGAUAUUUAUGAAAAUGCAACCAUAGGAUCUCAGGUGUUGAAAGUACAUGCUUAUGAUUUGGAUGGAACAGCCCCAAAUAACGAGUUUGUGUUCCGCAUUGAAAGCACAGCCCAGGACAAGUUCAUAGUAAACUUCAGAACAGGAGAAGUGACUGUGGAAUCAGAACUAGAUCAUGAAUCAAGGUCAUCCUACUCCUUAAAUAUUUCUGCCACAGAUCGAGGGUCUGUGUCGUUAGAGGGAUUUUGUCUGGUGCAAAUUAAUGUCCUGGACAUAAAUGAUGAAGUUCCCUACUUCGCGACAAGCUCACAUUCUGUAACUAUCCAAGAGAACAUGGCUUUAGGUUCCCCUGUUGUGACAAUAACAGCUGUAGAUACGGACAGCAAUCCAAGACUCCGAUAUCAAAUUCUGGAGGACUCCAUACUAGCUGUGGAUGAGGAGGGGAGGGAUGUCAAUGUUACAGCCAAUCAUAUACAGGAUUAUUUUGGUAUACAAAGCACCACUGGCACUGUGUUUGUUAAUUCAGCAAUAGACAGAGAAACAGCAGAAAGAGUGGAACUAAAGAUCCUUGUUCAGGACCUCAAUGGAUGGCAGCCCUCAGCAGAUCAACAAACAGCAACUGCCACCUUGACAGUGACCUUAGAAGAUGUCAAUGACAAUCCCCCUCAGUUUGUGGGAGGCCCCCAGUUUCAGGUGAACGUCUCGGAGGGGAGGGAGGUCAAUGACCUAGUUAUAACGGUAUCAGCUGUGGAUCCGGACAAGAAACAAACCAUAUCCUACAGUAUAGGGCAGGACUCCAUCAAUUCCUUCCAGAUCCCAGAUCCAAGUGUUGGCACAGUGACAUUAAAACAACCAUUGGAUUAUGAAAGCAAUCAUGUUGUAAGCUUCACUAUAGUAGCCACAGAUUCUGGUCCCAUUAUGUCACGAUUAUCGUCAGUGGCCACUGUCGUAGUCUCACUGAUUGACAUCAAUGACAACACGCCUGUCUUUCAACCGUACUCUACCCAGUACUCCAUAGAGGAAAACAAGCCCAAUGGAACCUUUGUAGGGACAAUCAAUGCCACAGAUAGAGAUAGCGGGAGAUUUGGAGAGAUUUUCUACUCCAUGCAAGUUACAAAUGAUGAUCAAAGUCUAACUAUUGACUCCAAUACAGGAACUAUCACCGUCUUGAAGCCCUUGGACAGAGAAGUCAGAGAUGAAUACAUUUUGUAUGUCACUGCAACAGACAAUAUCAAGGGCAACCCAAACCAGCAACGCUCAGAGAGAACACGGGCCAUAUUUAUCAAAGUAACGGAUGUGAACGACAAUAAUCCCAUCAUAACUAAUGUCAACAACAUUCCCAAAUCAGUUGUGGAGAAUUCCCAAAAUAACACCAUUGUAGAGGUUAUAUCUGCCAGUGACGCUGACAUAGGAGUAAAUGCGGAGCUGGAGUUCUCCCUAUUGUCUGGUCACACUAAUGCCAGUGACAGCUGGUUUUAUAUUGCUACAAGGUACAACAAUGACAUCAAGAAUAAUGAAGGAGUCAUUCGUACCAGGCAGUCUCUGCUAGGACAUGUUGGGAUGUAUUAUAUCACAGUGAAAGUUCAAGACAAAGGAUCUCCCACUCGUCUGUCCUCCAACCAGACUUUUCUGAUAGAAAUAAUUGAAUCCAAUGAAAAUUUAAAUCAGCCACAAUUUGUUGUUCCCAAGGGACCCAUUGCCACACUACAAAUUAAGGAGCAACAACCAGUAGGUACCACAGUGAUACAGGUGAGUGCCACAGACGCAGAUCACGGGAAAAAUGCUGAAGUCCACUAUUACCUGGCUCCAGAAAAAGACUACAGGAAGUUCCAGAUCCACAAAGACACUGGACUAUUGACUACCAAUGAAAUCCUAGACAGGGAGCAGCAAGCAGUUUAUGAGAUCAAGGUGAUUGCGAAUGAUAGUGGUAUUAUCAAUGUCCUGGCAAACUCCAUCACCAUUUUUGUCCAAUUGCUGGACAUAGAUGACCAGGAACCUGAAUUUCCACGAAGACCAGACAUGGAGCCCUACAUGCUGGGGCCGGUCCCAGAGGAACAUUCCAUGGAAUACUGUGGUUCAGUGGACGUAGCAAUAGAUAGAGAUAGCCAUGUCAACAAUAGUCUUAUCUUUUAUUAUAUCUUAGGUGGAGAUUUGAUAGACCAUUUUUACCUCAAUCAGACAGGAGAGUUGUACUUAAUGAAAGCUGUAGAUAGGGAUGGAGAUGUCACAGGAACUCCCAUCAACUUCAUUAACCUGGUGAUUUGGGCCACGCCACUGGGAUACCUUAACAUUGACAGAUACUCAACACCACCAGGGACCAACAGAUUACUGGCUCCAAAAAUAGAAAUGAGAGCACCAGAUGAUUACGAUACAGGCAACACGACUCUGUUAUGGGUUCAAAUCACCAUUAAUGACAUAAAUGACCACCCACCAAAGUUCAGGACCCAGAAUUUAAGUGUGGGAAUCACUAGAAAAACUCAGUUUCAGGAAACUAUAUUUACACUCAGUGAGGAAGUGACAGAUUUGGACACUGGGAACAAUUCUGCCCAUACCUUUCAUUUGAUGUCGUUGACCAUUAUCCCUGCGGCCCUGAGGGAUGCUCUGCCCAGUGCCCCCGUUAGUCUGUCCAGUGAUGGGGUGGUCAAAACCAACACAAUAUUCCAGUCAGACAUGUCAGGCUAUAUUGUGAUGGAAGUCAGCGCCAAAGAUCAGGACGGCCAAAUGGCCAAUGCUUCAUUGAGGAUAUCUCUUAUCAAUGAUGAUCAAAGAGUGAAAGUCAUAUUUAGAAUGAUGCCGAAUCAAGUGAGAAACUUCUCAGAGGCUUUCAGAAGUAAACUGGAGAGGAUCACAGGAUACCAUAUCGUAGUUGACAAGAUUCAGACCCAUGAGAAUGCUGCUGGAAAGCCAGAGACUGAUAAGACCGAUAUGUUUAUACAUGGAGAAAUCCUAAAGCCUUUUAGUAUUGUUCCUGCUGCUGAUCUAUUGAGUAAAAUUGAUGGACAAGCCUCAGCACUGGUGCCUGUUCUGAAUGAAUACAAUAUUCUACAAAUUGUGUCAGCUGUUCAACAGGAAGAGGAAAAAGAUUCCAAUAGACUGCUGAUCAUGGGUCUGAUUCUACUGGGAAUCAUUUUAGGAAUUCCCUGUAUUGUCAUGGCGAUAGUUAUAUUCCUUAUUACAAAGUCGUAUCAAAGGAAAUUGAAAGCAGCCACAGCCAUGGUGUAUGGUCAAGAUAAUGAUAUGCAAAAGAAUCAACUUCCUGGUACAAACCUACAUGCCUAUGAAAAUGCCAAUCCCAUUUUCUUGGAGAAAGUAUUAUCACAAGAAUCCCAAGAUUUUGAAGACAAUGAUUCAGUUGAUGACAAUGCUGUAGAUGCCCCUGUCCCACGGACUGUGGACACACAAGAAGUGUCCAUGACAUUUACGUCAGACAGCAGUAAAAUUCCUCCUAGCUACUCAGAAGUAAAAACUAUCGGGGCUGUGAUUGGCUCACAGGAAAACAGCUUUGGUCACAAGAAUCCACUUUUCUCGACAUUUAAUGGAGAUACUCCAAGAUCUCACCUCAUUAAUGGCCUCCAGGCUUCGGACAUUUAAUGUCAGGCUCCGAGAGACUGAGGGAUGGGACAACUUAUUCAUUGUGAUAUUAUAACUUAUUUAAAGCAUGGUGUGAUAUGACAAGGAGGUUCUUGUCACAAGUGUUUCAAGUAUUGUCAGAGUGAUUUAAUGAUGCAGGUUUUGUUACUGUCAUAUUUCGGUUUAUAAUUUUUUUUACACAUCUACCCAGUGCUCUUGCAGGAACACUAAACUAGAAUUACCUCAUUUUUUCACGAAUUUUGUUCAUGCAGAGUGCAUUGGACAUUUUGUUCUUCUAAAUGGAAGUUUUUUAAAUUUGAGAAUCCUUAAAUGUGCAUUUAAUUGAACAAAUAUUUUGAUUAAAUUACCAUCAGUUAUCUAUGUGUGUAUACAAAUCAUUACAUUUUAACAAUACCCUGUUGCCAUAUACAUGUUGAUGUUGAUAUUUAGGAACUUUGUUUCUUUCCAAGAUUGUAUGAAUUGAUCACCUAUAUUCCUACCCUGUACAAAAGCUUUAUGAAUUCCAUUUACAGUAUUUUUCUCCCCAUAUGUGCUCUUUUUUAUCAUUUGGUGUGAUACUGAAUUUAAUGUAUUAUAUAUUAUUCACAGCAUUCACAGACCAACUAUAUUUUUGUGAAAUUAAUGUACCUGUGCAAAUUCCAAUGAUCAGGUAACUCAUAUCCCAUUAUUGUUAUAGGAGAGGUUGAAAUGCAUCAACAGAUAUGCCCAGUAUAUAUUCACAGCAUUUAUUUUGGGGUAGAGUUUGGUAAAGAUAGACACUUGUCAAUAACCUCUCAGAAAAUGAAUGAGAUACAGUAAUGAGUGUCAUGUGUAAAUUGGUGGAGAAAAACUGAUAGCUUUGUAUGACAUUUGAAUUCCAUUGACAAUCACUUUGAAACAGCUCACUUAAUUCUCACAAAAUGCAUUCAUAAUUCAUAUGCAUUUUUAUAUUCUAGCUUUAGAGAUUCAAUAUUUUGAUAUUAAGAUUUUUUUUUCACUUUUGUGUGUCAAGUGUAUUGAACAGUUCUAGGGAUCAGUUUCAAGGUUGUGACAGCUGAUAAUAUUUGUAGAAUUGAUAGUACCAAAGUAAUAGAGAGCUAGCUGAUUAAAUAUAUAUUUUUUAGAAUGUAUAGAGAUAUGUGAUUGUUGUCUGUGUGAAAAGAUUCUGUGUAUGUUGUCUAUUUUCUGAAGUGUUUAGCCAAGUUAUAGAGCUAUAACGUUCUAUAACUCUUGCCAAAGAAUUAAGUCCCAGCUUACGAAGUGCAAUUACUGUAGUGAGUUGGUUUGCGUUAUUUCCAUGCCUUUUUCCCCAGAGCAAAAGAAGCAAACAAAAAGCUUGCCAUGUACAUUUAUUGUUUUAAGGUAUGCUAUGUGACUUAUUUUUCUGUAAAUGUGAAAUGGUGGGAGGGGGUCAUCUAUGUUUAAGGUUCUGAAGCCUGUAUUUAAUUUCAUUUGAUGUUAACAAGGUUACAGUCAUGUCUCUUUGUAAGUUGCAUUAUAUUUGCAACUUUAAUUGUCAUGUUUUUUCAAAUGAAAUCAAAAUGUGUUGAAAUUUAUGUGUUAUUUAUUAAAUGCUAAAUAUUGCA